AUGGGUGGAAAUACAACGGGAAACAUGCAUCUCACACAAACCAACUACGAAGACGUCGAAUCAAACUGUCAGAAUGUACCGCCUACCCAGUUCAACACCUGCUUUCAUACCGUCGAAGAAAUUCUAGCACAUGAGAGCACGAAUCAUCUUUCGCGGCCGUCAGAAGCACCUUAUUCGUUCAAGCGAUGGCUACCCCUGAUUCUAAAAACACGAAACCUCGAUGCUAAAGCUGCACAAGUUGUCAAACUUACACGAGGAGAGGCCAGGCUUCUUGUAGCAGCAUCGCGUACCUCGAUCAUCACUGGUGAACACAACCGAGCGUAUCAAGAAGACAUCCAGGAAGAAAUCAUUCCGCAUCUAUCGUCUCUCGACUUCCCCACCGAAGGUCUCUUUAUGCGUUUGGAUCGUUGUUCACCUAAAGAUGGUCGCCAAGCCGUACCGGAUCCGGAUGACGAGCAGGAUCAGCUGCUUCUAAACCAAGGGCUGUCGUUCGAUGUGUUUUACGACGAGACAGACGAGACGGUGCAACUAGUCGAGUUGAACGUUUUCGUGCCUAGCCACAAGCUUGGGUGA